GUUCCUAGUUUGAAAUAUAGUUAGUAUAUUUCUAAAAUUUCAUAUAAAUAAACCGUACUAGCUUACCAGUAACUAUAGCAGUUCGAAUACUGUGAAGAGCAUAUCAAAACACUUGAUCCAACUAUGAAUUUGAAAUUCAUUUGGGUCUUGGCUAUAUUGGCCAUUAUAUCGCCACAUUUGUCGUCCGGUCAGGCCACAACAACUGUUGCUCCUGAUACCACAACACCAGCUGCCACUACUGCGGCUACUGAUACAACUACAGCAGCCACAGCCACUACAGCUGCUACAGAUACGACUACCGCGGCUACUGACACAACUGCUGCUGGAGCUACAACUGCUGCCCCAGGUGACACAACUGCUGCUGGAGAUACAACAGCCGCUCCAGGUGAUACAACUACUGCUGCUGGAGACACCACAACUGCUGCUGGCGAUACAACAACUGCAUCAUCAUCUGCAACUACAACCAAAAAAUCUUCAAAUACAACAAGAAAAACAACAAAGAGAGCAACCAGGAAACCACGUCGUCGACGUCGUUGUCAAGGUCGCAAUAGGCGUCGUUGUAGACGUAGAAAUCGCAGAGGUAGACGCCCAAGAAGACGUCCAAGAAGACGCCCAAGACAAGGUUAAUUGAUCAACUGGCCGG